AUGGAUGAAUUUGCCCCUCCUACUGGCCCUCCGCCCCCCAAAGUUCCAGCAGGAUACAAAGCAGUAUGGAACGACCAAUAUAAAGAAUGGUUUUAUGUAAACAUCUACACCAAAAAGUCCACCUGGGACAAACCCACUGAACCCGUCUACCCUUCCGACGAUAGCGCUCCUGCCGGUCCUCCUCCCGGCUAUUCCGGCGGCUCCUCCUCCAAUUACCCCUCCGACACAAAAAGUAAUCCCUAUGAUCCCUCCCCCAAUACCGAAAGCGAUGCCGAACUCGCCCGCCGUCUGCAAGCCGAGGAAGAUGCCCGCGGAGGUUCAAGCAGUGGGAUGCGGGGAAACGCUCAACAGGAUUAUCAGAAUACUCCUAUGCCUUCUUAUUCGGAACAGGAAUUGCCUCCGCGCGAACAGAAAAAGGGUUUCUUUGGCAAACUCUUAGGAAAGGCUGGUGGAUCAGGUUCAAGUCAUGCGCCGCAGCAACAGUAUCAACAGCAAUAUGCGCAACAGCCGCAAUAUAGUGGAUAUCAACAACAACAACAGUAUCCACCACAAGGAUAUCCACCUCAAGGCUACCCGUCUCAGGGCUAUCCGCCGCAACAAGCUGGUUAUGGAGGAUAUGGAGGGGGUUACGGAGGUGGCUAUCAGCAGCAGAGGCCGCAAAAGAGUGGUGGUGGGUUGGGUAUGGCUGGAGGAGCGGCUUUAGGAUUAGGUGGAGGAUUGAUUGGUGGAAUGUUACUUGAGGAUGCCAUCCAAGAUCACGAUCAAAAUGAAUACAAUCAAGGUUACGUGGACGGUGCAGAUAAUGGUGGGGAUUUUGGCGGAGAUGAUGGAGGAGAUUUUGGUGGUGAUGACUUCUAG